CCGCCGAGGGGCGUCCGGUUACAUCCCCGCCUCCCUCCGCCGGGGCCGCCGAGCGCGGGCGUGCGGGACCUCAGUUCGGGACCAUGCUGGCCGCGAGUAGCCGGAGCGGGGCCGCGUGGACCCGGGCGCUGCUGCUGCAGCUGCUGCUGGCGGGGUCCGGGGGCUGCCUGAGCCGCCAGGAGCUCUUUCCCUUCGGCCCGGGACAGGGGGACCUGGAGCUGGAGGCCGGGGACGACCAGGUGUCCUCCGCCCUGGAGCUGAGCGGGGCGCUCCACUUCUACGACGAAUCGGACAUCACCUCGAUCUAUGUCACUACAAAUGGCAUCAUUGCCAUGAGCAAACCUCCAGCCAAGGAGUCCCAUCCCGGCCUCUUCCCACCCACCUUUGGCGCCAUCGCACCUUUCCUGGCGGACUUGGACACGACAGAUGGCCUCGGGAGCGUGCACUAUCGAGAAGACCUGUCCCCCUCCAUCACUCGGCUGGCAGCAGAGUGUGUCCAGAGGGGGUUCCCAGAAGUCUCUUUCCAGCCCAGUAGCGUGGUGGUUGUCACUUGGGAAUCCGUGGCCCCCUACCAAGGGCCCAGCAGGAACCCUGCCCAGGAAGGCAAGAGAAACACAUUCCAGGCUGUGCUGGCCUCCUCCAACGCGAGCUCCUAUGCCAUUUUCCUGUACCCCGAAGACGGCCUGCAGUUCUCCACGACAUUCUCCAAGAAGGACGAGAACCAAGUGCCCGCCAUGGUCGCGUUCAGUAAAGGUUUAGUGGGAUUCAUUUGGAAGAGCGAUGGACCAUAUAACAUAUUUGCCAACGACAGAGAGUCGAUCGAAAACCUAGCCAAGAGCAGCAACUCGGGGCACCAGGGUGUGUGGGUGUUUGAGAUCGGGAGUCCAGCCACGGCCAGCGGUGUGGUGUCUGCAGACGUGAACCCCGGACCCGAUGACGAAGCAGAGUACGCUGAGGAGGAUGAAGAUUACGAUGUGGUGACCCCUUACCUGGCCCCAGAGGAUGUGAGCACAUUGUCCUUCCCCGACAAGGCUCCACGAAGGGGAGACACCGGCACAUACAAUGUGCCUGGUGUCCUCUCCCCCGGCCACGAGGCUACUGAGAGGCCCCGUGGGCACCCCACGGAGAGGACCAGGUCUUUCCAGUUGCCAGUGGAGGGGUUCCCCCAGCAGCACCCCCAGGUCAUCGAUGUGGAUGAAGUUGAAGAAACAGGAGUUGUGUUCAGUUACAACACGGAUUCCCGGCAGACCUGUGCCAAGAACCGGCACCAGUGCUCGGUGCACGCCGAGUGCAGGGACCACGCCACCGGCUUCUGCUGCAGCUGCGUGGCCGGCUACACGGGCAACGGCAGGCAGUGCGUGGCAGAAGGCUCCCCGCAGCGUGUCAAUGGCAAGGUGAAGGGCAGGAUCUUCGUGGGAAGCAGCCAGGUGCCCGUGGUCUUUGAGAACACCGACCUGCACUCGUACGUGGUGAUGAACCAUGGCCGCUCCUACACGGCCAUCAGCACCAUCCCCGAGACCCUGGGGUACUCCCUGCUUCUGGCGCCCAUCGGAGGCAUCAUUGGGUGGAUGUUCGCAGUGGAGCAGGACGGAUUCAAGAAUGGGUUCAGCAUGACUGGGGGUGAGUUCAACCGGCAGGCUGAGGUGACCUUCGUGGGGCACCCAGGCAAGCUGGUCAUUAAACAGCAGUUCAGUGGCAUUGAUGAACACGGGCACCUGACCAUCAGCACAGAGCUGGAGGGCCGUGUGCCACUCAUCCCGUACGGCUCCUCGGUGCACAUCGAGCCCUACACAGAGCUCUACCACUACUCCAGCUCGGUGAUCACUUCCUCCUCCACCCGGGAGUACACGGUGACCGAGCCCGGGCAGGACGGGGCAGCACCUUCACGCACCCACACUUACCAGUGGCGCCAGACCGUCACCUUCCAGGAGUGUGUCCACGAUGACUCCCGGCCGGCCCUGCCCAGCACCCAGCAGCUCUCGGUGGACAGUGUGUUCGUUCUGUACAACCAGGAGGAAAGGGUCCUGCGCUACGCUCUCAGCAACUCCAUCGGGCCUGUGAGAGAGGGCUCCCCAGACGCACUUCAGAAUCCUUGCUACAUCGGCACUCAUGGAUGUGACACCAACGCGGCCUGCCGCCCCGGCCCUGGGACUCAGUUCAUCUGCGAGUGCUCCAUUGGCUUCCAGGGAGACGGGAGGACCUGCCACGAUAUCGAUGAAUGCUCAGAACAGCCCUCUGUGUGCGGGAGCCACGCAAUCUGCAACAAUCACCCAGGAACCUUCCGAUGCGAGUGCGUGGAGGGCUACCGCUUUUCGGACGAGGGGACCUGCGUGGCUGUCAUGGACCAGCGGCCCAUCAAUUACUGCACAACUGGCCUCCACGAGUGUGACAUCCCCCAGCGCGCCCAGUGUGUCUACACGGGAGGUUCCUCCUACACCUGCUCCUGUCUGCCCGGCUUCUCUGGGGACGGCCGAGCCUGCCAAGAUGUGGAUGAGUGUCAGCCCAGCCGAUGUCACCCCGAUGCCUUCUGCUACAACACUCCAGGCUCCUUCACGUGCCAGUGCAAACCUGGCUAUCAGGGAGAUGGUUUCCGAUGCGUGCCUGGAGAGGUGGAGAAAACCCGGUGCCAGCAGGAGCGUGAGCACAUCCUUGGAUCGGUGGGGGUGGCCGACGGGCAGCAGCCCAGGCUGCUGGGGCUGUUUGUCCCCCAGUGUGAUGAACAUGGACACUACACGCCCCUCCAAUGCCACAGCAGCACCGGCUACUGCUGGUGUGUGGACCGCGAUGGCCGUGAGCUGGAGGGCACCAGGACCAGGCCCGGGAUGAGGCCCCCUUGUCUGAGUACAGUGGCCCCCCCUAUUCACCAGGGACCUGCAGUGCCUACUGCUGUGAUCCCUCUGCCCCCGGGGACCCACUUACUCUUUGCCCAGACUGGGAAGAUUGAGCGUCUGCCCCUGGAGGGGAACAGCAUGAAGAAGGCGGAGGCCAAGGCGCUGCUGCAUGUCCCGGCGAAAGUCAUCAUUGGACUGGCCUUUGACUGUGUGGACAAGGUGGUUUACUGGACGGACAUCAGCGAACCUUCCAUUGGGAGAGCCAGCCUGCAUGGAGGAGAGCCAACCACCAUCAUUCGACAAGACCUCGGGAGCCCAGAAGGCAUUGCCCUUGACCACCUCGGCCGCAACAUCUUCUGGACGGAUUCACACCUGGAUCGGAUCGAAGUAGCAAAGCUGGAUGGCACACAGCGCCGGGUGCUGUUUGAGACGGAUUUGGUGAAUCCCAGAGGCAUUGUCACUGACUCCGUGAGAGGGAACCUUUAUUGGACAGAUUGGAACAGAGAUAACCCCAAAAUUGAAACUUCCUACAUGGAUGGCACCAACCGAAGGAUUCUUGCACAGGACAACCUGGGCCUGCCCAAUGGCCUGACCUUUGAUGCGUUCUCGUCCCAGCUCUGCUGGGUGGAUGCAGGCACCCAUCGGGCGGAAUGCCUGAACCCGGGUCAGCCCAGCAGUCGAAAGGUUCUUGAAGGACUCCAGUAUCCUUUUGCUGUGACAAGCUAUGGGAGGAAUCUGUACUACACAGACUGGAAGAUGAAUUCUGUGAUUGCUGCUGACCUUGCCAUUCCCAAGGAGACGGAUACCUUCCAUCCCCACAAGCAGACCCGGCUGUAUGGCAUCACCACGGCCCUGUCGCAGUGUCCCCAAGGCCACAACUACUGCUCAGUGAACAAUGGUGGCUGUACCCACCUCUGCUUGGCGACCCCAGGGAGCAGGACCUGCCGCUGCCCUGACAACACCCUAGGAGUUGACUGCAUGGAGCGGAAAUGAAGACUAGAGAGCCUUGUUUCCUCGCCAAGUAUUUCACAGUAAUGCUGUGCUUGAAACUGCUUGGUCCGGACUGAAAACUGUCCUGAAGCUGAGUGACCACUAGGCCCAGGUCCAGCCCUGCCUGGGCCCAAACAACUUUCCCCUCCUUUUCCCCUAAGAUAUACAUCCUCACCUCUGUAAUGGGAAAGUCUCUACCACUACCUGAGGACAGGGCUACCCACCCUGGCCCCAAUCAUCAGACACACUUAGUCUGGGGUAGGAAUUAUGUGCUCCAUCCCAGCAUCCCAGGACCUUUUCCCAAUCCUAGCCCCCCGGGGUGGGGUGAGCAGACCUUCCACGGGCCUGAGUGGCUCCAUCCCUGUGGCCUUACAAGCUCAGCCUUUACCGAAGUACUCGCCAGCCUGCCAGCUCCUCAGCACCCCAGCCAGGGCCUGGCUGGGCAUGGUUGCAAGUGAAGGAGAAAAUUGCCCUCCCAUGCCUUUUCUCCUGGUGCUCUGACUUCCCUGUAUGCUCCCAGCUCCUUUCUACCUUGGUCCUGCUAAACUCAGUCCUUUGACCAAAACCCACCUUGAUGGAGGGACGUGGAUUUCCCCUCAGAUAACAUCCUGGCAUUUCAGCAGUGGCCUUUGGUUGUCAAAGGUGCCCUGUAGUAGGAAUUUUAAGAUGUAGAGUAAGGUAUUCAAGAGUAGGGGAUUAUUUUGAUGUGCCUUAAGUUAUACCAAAAUUACCAAAUUAUUCCUGUUUGCCCAAAGCACCUGCAUUUCAGCAUCCGCUGUCUAGUCCUGUCCUUCAUCCACUGUUAGUUCCAGUGUUCAGCAUCCUCCUGGAGACCGUGUGAGACCCAGGCCUACGGCUGGCCCAGGUGAUGGCCCCACCAUGUCUUGUCACCUCUGACCUCUACUCCUGAGAACCAGUUUACUCUCAGCCAUGAACUUGCUGCUUUGUGGCUCCCUUUAGCUGUGGCUCUUGCUGGCUGUAUUCUCCUCCAAAGACAAUCUAGGAAUGUCUGAAUGUUUCCACAAAUGGCCUGACCUUUGAAACUGCUCAUUGCUCUCACUCAAGGGACCAUAGUGGUAUUUCAUGUUGAUAAUUCUUUCUAGAAUUCAUUUAAAAAACAUCCCCUGACCACAGAGUACCUAGUGUUAUCUUUUUCUUAACUGCUUUCUGGGUCCCUAAAAGAAUAGAAACUUUGGGCUGAAAGUUGAGCUUGGCAAGUUUGAGUCAGUGAAACAGGAGGAGAAGGGAGUGGAGAAAGGCUGGGAAGAGAUUGGUGGACAGCACGAAUAGAAAGCCCAAGAAGAGAGACAGGAGAGGAUGUAAGCAAAAACCUUUAAAUAACUCCUGAAAGAAACUAGUGCUUUUUGCCAAAGAAAGCUUAUCCUGGAGGACCUGGAUGAAUUUACCUUAUAUUCUCUGUGGGGAAGAGAGCCCCCUUUUCUUCUAGCCCCAACACACUCAGUCUCCUACCCCAGCCCCUUCUGCCUCUCCUCACCUGCUUCCUUUUGUCCUGAGAGCCUGAACUGGGAGGGAGGUUUCCUUAAAUGAUUUGAGGCGUCACUAGAUUUGGGGAGCACGUGGUCUUACAUGCAGCUCACCCCACAAAUUAAUCUCACUUUGUGUUUGCAUUUAUUGUUCCAUAUCUAGCCCUGUAUAUCAGGCGUUCAUCAUGAUGUAUAAUUUCUAUAACUAUUUCAUUCAUUUUACUAGACUCACUCUAAAAUAUUUUACAUGGUAAAUCCUCAAACUGUGGAAACCACUGAAGGUGCUUAUUAACUGUCCCCAGAUUUAUAUGAGUACUGAAUGAUUCCUUGAGUUUACACCUGUACAGAUAUUAGUGGAGAAAAUAAAAAAUGUUUUUGUUAAAAAGAAAAUCUUCCUCUAUCUUUUCGGAAUGACAAGAUUGUAUGUACACUUCUUUUUUUCCCUUUGGCAGGACUAGGGUUUGAAUUUAGGGCCUGGCACUUCCUAGGCAGGCACUCUAAUACUUGAACCAGACCCACAGCCCUGCACUUCAGCCAGGUGAGUUACAUGGCAUAUGGAUUGUAUCUUAAUAAAGCUGUUUUUUUUU